CGAUCCAUAUUCUGGGGGGGUGCAAGGUCUCUUUCUCCCUACCUAGUUACGUCAAUGGUGCAUUCACGUUUUUAUUAUAUCACUGUAUCGUUCGAUCAACCUUGUCCAGCAAAACUCCUAUUCUCCUCCUCCUCGUUUCCCUUCCCCUAACCAGAUUCAAACAAAAAAGGUUUAUGAUUGACGAGGUACGCUAUGGAAUUUAUCCUCUUUUGUUACAAUCUAUUUUAAAGGAAGAGUCAGCUAGAGAAGGAAGUGUUGAGCUCCGUUGCACACGGCUGACUAAAUUAACUUGUUUGAUAAAAUCACAAAAAAAAAUAUCUCAAACAAUUCACGAAAGGGAUCCAGACCCAGAGUUUAUACUCUUUCGCAUACCGAGCAUGAACGCAGCAGGGAGUGAACGGCCGUACAAUGCACGUGCGGGCUUUGAGGAACUUACGUUCCGAAAGACACCACCCAUAAUCCAACUGGUCGAGUAAAUCGUGUGGGCAGCCGUGUCGUAAUGAUGAUUUUAAGCGACGAUAAGAACAAGAUAUGCAAACGAAGAUUCGGGAUGCGGUUAGAAAACAAUUAGCCGCUGGCCUGCCAACGAUGGACGCCGUAUUGGACCGUAUCGAAGAUGGGCAAAUGCCUGUUGCAGUUACUUUACCUAUCGCAACAAGGGGCAUUGGUUUUGGAAUAGUUUUAACAUAUUUUUCAGUACUUAGUAUAAAACAUGUGGAUAUGCCCAAUAUUUAUAGUGUCUAUCGUGUUUCUCUGGCUCC